GGGCCGUUCGAGAUUAUUGACACUAUAGGCACAGUCAAUUUCAAGCUGAAGCUGCCGAACAGCUGGCAGCGCAUUCACGACGUCUUCCAUGCUAGUCGACUUACGCCCUACAAGGAGAACGCAACACAUGGACCCAACUACCCCAAACCAGCACCAGACCUAAUAGCGGGGCAAGAAGAAUUCGAAGUCGAGAAGGUCGUCGGAGCCCGACGCUUCGGACGAUGGAAGACCCUCCAGUACCUGAUCAAAUGGAGGGGUUAUCCCGAAUCGGAUAACUCUUGGGAAUCGGCGGAUAACGUCACCAAUGCCAAGGAAGCCGUCGCAGAGUUCUAUAAACGACACCCGUCCGCGCCUAAA